AUGUCGAAACGAAACCAAAAAGUGAGUUGUUCCCUUAUAAAGCCUGUGAAAAGCCAAGUAUUCAGGGCGGUCAGUCUGAAGAAGACUUAAAAUUGACCAAGGAACAGGAGGGAAUCGCGAAAUACAUCAGAUUCAACUGCCCAACGGCUACUACAUUGUUCGAAGGAAAUGAAGUACACUAUUUCAGCGGUUAGAAAAAUUUUAUUCUGGAAAUGUGACAGCGACGUAGAUUUCAGGCAGCAAAGCCGUCGAUACUCUCUGGGAGUCGAAAUACGGAAGCAAGGCGAAGAAAGACGCAAUGUUCAAGACGAGGUGAAUUCCUUCACACGUUUUUAAUCUUUUGCAUAGUUUUUUAACACAGAGAUGACUGCUUUCACUACAUCAGCGAACUCAACUCGAAGCGUCUUUUCUUCCGUGCGAAGAAACUGAUUUCCAAGAAGAAUAAAGACAAGGGAAACGAUUAUUCUGGUUGCUCUAUUUUAAAAAUCUUUUUCAAUAUUUCCAUGAUUCAGCUGACGUGCAAAAGUCUCCGAAAGGAACUGUGGAAAAGAGAAACAAAAAGACGAAAGAGGAAGAGACGGCGACGGAAGCAGAAGGGGAAAAUGACGUGGAAGUGAAGAAAGAUGAGAAGAAAGAGGAUGAGAAGAAGAAGAAGAAGGUGAAACUUCUAGUGCACGAUAUUCAGACUUUUGUGGAUGAUAAAGACGUUUACGUGUGGGUGUUCGACCCGACCCCGCUUUUCAAGAAGGUCAUAGGAGUACUGAUGCGUAAGCGAAUUCCGACGAAUUCGGUAAAACAUUUAUAUACUUCAGUCGUCGGAACAGUCGUCGGAUGUUUGUUUCCACUGUGGCCGGCAUGGCUCCGUCAGGGAGUUUACUACGUUUCCAUUGCCGGAAUAGGAUGCUUCGCCUCCAUUAUUGUUGUUGCUAUUCGUGAGUUGCCUACUGUCCUUUCUAAUUGUAUAAAUCGUGUUUGUUACAGUCCGAACUCUUCUAUUCUUUAUCAUCUACGCCAUUUCCAUGGGAAAACACAAACUUUGGGUUCUUCCGAACUUGACAGAGGAUUGUGGAGUUCUUGAAUCGUUCCAACCGUGGUAUACUUAUGAGUACUGCGGAGGAGACGAAAAGAAAGACGACAAAAAGAAAGAAAAAAAAGAGAAAAAGGCGAAAAAGGAAAAGAAUUCUGACGCAGAAGAAGAUCAGAAAACGCAGAAAGAAGAAGAGAAAGAGCAGGAACAAGAUAGCGAAGAUGCGGAAAAGUACAGUCAGGCGUCCACGGAUGACAACUACGAAAAGAUUGGAGACGAGGUGAGCACUUCAGUACGCUUUCUUCCUCAUUCUCCCGUUUUGAAGGAAGUUUCGGCACCGCCUUCUCCUAGUGACAAUGCUCCCCGGAAACGUCGUCCUGCAAAAGUUUGA